AUGCGCACGCGCCAACCGUUUUCAUUACGUCGCGAACCACACAUGGAGGAGUCGGACCUUCGCUAUCUGCAGGUGCAGAGAGCGGCCGUCGCCGACCCAGCACGAGCCUCCGAGUGGGCCGGCAAGAAACUCUGCUGGGUACCUCAUGAAAAGGACGGAUUUGUCGCCGGAUCCAUAAAGUAG